CAGUGGCAUUGAAACAGAUGGAGAAACCAACGAACCAUCGGAAAUUAACAGCACUUUACAAUCAGUGAAUCAGUAUACAACAAAUAGAUCUGAUAAUGGAAAUCCUUUAAAUCAACAAUCGGGUGCAGGCAAUCAACACAAUCUUGCUGAGAUGCAAUCCAACUACAGCUCGGUUAUAUAUCAAAGAAAUAGUACACAUGGGUUGGAUUCAAACACAGCAGCAUCUAAAAGUCCUACGAUGCAGACUUCUGGUAAUAGAGAGCCUCCUGAUGGUGCAGCACCUUCGAUUAAUUCACAAAAUUCUUCAGAUACAAAUUUAAAGAAUAUAGUUGACAGAGACAAUGGUGAUGAAGGUUAUCUCUUCAGUAGUUUAAACAGAAAUGAUGUAGUAGUUGAUAACAGUGGUCAAAACACCAGUAACUCCACAGACAAUCAGUUGAACAUUGAUUCUCUUGUUAAGAAAAGUCAUGUCUGUCUACUGCCACCUGAACAGUUAGUUCGUCAAAACUAUGAACAUUUAAAUUCUCAGCACGAUAGUGAAUAUGCUCCGAGUCUGGACCUGCAUUCCGUUACAAGUGACCAUCAAGAGACAAAUGGUUUCAUCACUUUUUCCAUAGGAAUAAAUAGACCAAAUGCUAAUAGUGGUGCUCCACUGACAAACAAUACAGAUGGGUACAAAUCAAUCAACGACCCUGCUACAAACAUUCAAGGUGCUGCCCUUUUAUGGACUAAAAUGAGAAGGAUGUUACCUGCUGCCCGAUCUACAAUGAAAAAUACUGUUGGAAUAAUGAUUGAAUCUGUGAACUUUGUACAGAAAAGUGACCAAAGUUUUAUUUGAAUAAAUUAUAUAUUUAUUGUUUUA